CUUCAAUUUGAAGACAUUUAUAAUCAUAUUGCGACUAUAAGACUUACAUCACAAAGAUGACCGAAACCUGGAAGGAAAGGCAACUAAAAUGGCUCGCAAUUGGACACGAGGUGCGUCGACGAGAAGUGGACUCGUCCAUGGAGUUCGAAGAGUUUCCGGAGCCUGGAUCCUCCCAAGUGGCCCUGCUACAAAUCUUCACGGACACAUUGGAUGAAAACAUUACGCCGGCAACGGCAGCAAAGCAGAUCUCAUACUGGGUGCUUUCAGUCCCAGAUAAUGAUAUCUGCUAUGAUAUAAACACGGCCUAUGCCAAUAUGAUGGGCGUUUUGUUCUCAGCCACAAGUCAAUUUUCAUCCCAAAAAGACCUGGAGAUUCUGGCAGAUCUUACAGUUGAACUCGCAAAUCAGCCUGAUGCGUACAACAAUAAAGAGAGACCAUUAGAGUUCGAAUCAAGUCAUGUUGUGAUUCUACCAGGAGAAAGGAUCGUGGUCCCCUGCAUUUCUGGAGGAGGGUUAUGGUCUGGACUGCCGGAUUUUGCAUUCCGUGUGGGGGACGAUCUCGAACGCGGGCCUCCUAACUUCUUACCGCUCUCUAUACCUGGACGCAAGGACCAGCAUCAGAUGGAUCGCCAAGCCGAAGAGAAGUACACGAACAUUAACACAUUCGCCGCUCUAAUAGCAAAACAACACCCUCCAGAAGGAUCCCCAUUGUGCAGUUGUCUCCACUGCGCCUUCAUAGUGUUCGCUUUUCUGGAGCACAGUCCUGGUACGGAGCGUGGAAAAUGGUCGCACCUUGCAGUUCGAGCAGCGGCUACCUGGCUCGUUAUUGCAGGCAAAGAAUUAGUGAAUCCAGGGCCGCCUUCUGGCGUGGCUGGAUACAUCUCUGGUAGUUUGUGGGAGGCUGAGGGCGGCACCAAUACCGUGGAUGUCAAACGGCUACGGUUCUGGAAAGAAAGGUUUCAACAUUUCCGGGAAUCUGGAAGACUUAUAAGCCAAGAGGCUGUGGAUUCCACGCACGAUGCUGCGGCAGCGCUUGGUAGCUUGAUCGUUGCACAAGGUUGAACAACUCGUGUGUAUGUAGCCCUCUGAAACCAUGUCUAUCCAUGUCACUAUCGGCUCAAGGUUUCUUGUAACGGUUGAAUGGCCAGAUGUAGCUAGCCUACCCGAGAUGAGACAUCCCUUAUAAGCGGGACGUCUCUGAUUUCUAGUCGAAC